UCGGUACCGAGCCGGGUCGAGCCGCCAUUUCUUCUUCAGAGGACAGUCAGUUGUCAGUGAACGACGACAAAACACACCGGCGAGAACCAUGUUGACUCUGCUGACUUCCAUGUAUCUGAUGGUGCAGGCGGUGUCCUCGCAGGCCAAACCAAUCCGUGUUGUGGUGACCGGCGCUGCUGGUCAGAUUGCCUACUCCCUGCUGUACAGCAUCGCCAAGGGAGAUGUGUUCGGGAAGGACCAGCCAAUCAUCUUGGUCCUGCUGGACAUCCCCCCCAUGCUGCCCGUGCUGGACGGAGUCGUCAUGGAGCUGCAGGACUGCGCCCUCCCGCUGCUGAUGGAGGUGAUCCCCACCGACAAGGUGGAGGUCGGCUUCAAAGACAUCGACGCCGCCAUCUUGGUGGGCUCCAUGCCCAGGAAGGAGGGCAUGGAGAGGAAGGACCUGCUGAAGGCCAACGUGGCCAUCUUCAAGACUCAGGGAGCCGCCCUGGACAAGUUCGCCAACAAGACCGUCAAGGUUGUGGUGGUUGGAAACCCGGCGAACACCAACUGUCUGAUCGCCUCCAAGUCUGCUCCGUCCAUCCCCAAAGAGAACUUCUCCUGCCUGACCCGGCUGGACCACAACAGGGCCAGCUCCCAGGUGGCGAUGCGUUGCGGCGUGUCCGCUGACAAAGUGAAGAACGUGAUCAUCUGGGGGAACCACUCCUCCACCCAGUACCCCGACGUCCACCACGCCAAGGUCCACGUGAACGGCGCCGAGAAGGCCGCGUACGACGCCGUGAAGGACGAAGCCUGGCUCGGAGGAGCCUUCAUCUCUACGGUGCAGCUGCGCGGCGCAGCCGUCAUCAAAGCCAGGAAGCUGUCCAGCGCCAUGUCUGCCGCCAAGGCCAUCUGCGACCACGUGAGGGACAUCUGGUUCGGCACCAAGGAGGGUGAGUUCAUCUCCAUGGGCGUGUACGCUGCCGGAAACUCCUACGGCAUCCCAGAGGACCUCAUCUACUCCUUCCCCAUCGAGAUCAAGAACAAGACCUGGAAAAUGGUCGACGGACUCUCCAUCAACGACUUCUCCCGCGGCAAGAUGGACGCCACAGCGGCCGAGCUGGUGGAGGAGCGAGACACCGCCCUGGACUUCCUGUCCCAGUGACGGUCACCUGCUGGCCAACAGCAGCACUUAGAUCUCCCGAAAGCUCGCUGCUCGCGGCUCUGACCAGGAAGAAGAAGCCCUCCACUCCUAUUAACCGUCCCAGUGUGUCACCUCUCUGUGUGUUUGUGUCUCUCGGCCACCUUAUCAGUUUAUCAGAACACCUGUUUAACCACCACAACCUGGCCUCCUCCGUCUGCAAGGCACCGGGAGAAUGUCUGUCGGUAGAUGAUAACACACUCUAGCUGCCCAGAAACUGUAACGGAAACAUGUUAUCACCAAUAAAACAACAAGGAAACUGAAAGACAGA